UAAAGUACACGUUAAUUAAAAUUUCUUGUUCUAUUACUUUAGACUGAAUUACAAUUAGUAAGUUAUCAUAUCAUGCUUAGUAAUAUAACAUUAACUAUGUUGUACAACAUUGAAGAAAUAGGGAAUGUCAGGCGUCAUCAUGUCAACAUGAAAAAGGGUAAGUUCAAUUUUUCCUUUUGGCAAUUCAGAAUUGUUUUCCCUGUCCACUUCCCUCGGAUAGGGAAAACAAUAUUUGGCCGCCAUCUUGGAUUUCGAAAUGCGCUUUUUGGCGCAUUUCUGAAAUCCAAGAUGGCGGCCAAAAACUCGCCAAAUUCAGCCAAGAGCCGGGUAUAUAGUUUUAAUCUUUAGUCUGAUUUCUAAAUUCCUGUUUACAUUUCCAGUUUUUGAGUGUUGACAAUGCCUACUACAUGUUGUGCAUACGGUUGUUCAAAUAACAAUAUGAAAGACAGAUGUAAAGAAAAUAAGAUUUCCUUCCAUCUGUUUCCUAAGGAUGAAAAUCUGCGUAAAGAGUGGAUAGUAAGAAUAAAAAGGGAAAACUUCAAUCCAACCCCCACUACCAGAAUUUGCUCUGAACAUUUUGAAGAAGAAUGUUUCACAUACCAGCCAUUCACGAACAGGAGGUCAUUAAAGGCAGAUGCUGUGCCAACGAAAUUUAUUUUUAUUUCGACUAAAGGAACCACUCGUAAGCGAACUAGUUAUGUAUUUGGUGAACCAUCACAGGAAAGUUCAAGAGAAAAGAGAGCAAAUAUUCCUGUUUGCAUAAGGAAGACAGUAUCAUCACAAACUGACGAGUCUUUUUUGUUAAUUUUAAACGAAUUUUGUCAAAUGAGAGACCAAUUGGAUGCUGCACAAAAUAAUGUUUUAUUGAAUGUGUUUUCUUCAGCUAAUGAGAGGAUAAAAGUAAACAUGAAAUGUGUAACAGGUUUCUCUCAUGAGACGUUUAUGACAAUAUUCAACUUUUUAAAUUUAUCGGAAGAUUUGUUAAAGAAAGAUAGAAUGCCACCUAUUGAUCAAUUUUUCAUGUUUCUAGUGAAAAUUCGAACUGGAACCACAAAUGAAUUCCUAGGAAUAAUUUUUAAGAUAGCUUCUUCUACAGUUUCAAAGAUUUUCAAUUGUGUAACGAGAAUUGUUUCUACUAAGCUUAAAUGUGUGAAUAUAUAGCCAAAAAAAAACCCAAGUUAAAGAG